AUGCUAGCUGAACCAUCUACACGGUUAAGGGAUGCGAUCAUUGAAGGAAACCUUUUGAUAGUUAAACGACUGCUUCGACGUCACCCUGAGCUAUUAACUAACAUCAACCCAGCUAAUGGUUGGAGCUCUUUGCAUUAUGCAGCAUAUCAUGGAAGAUACCUUAUUUGUGUUCAUUUAAUUCAGUUAGGUCACGACAAGCAUGAAAUCAUCAAAACUUUUAAAGGCAAUACAUGUGUCCAUUUAGCCUUAAUAAAUGGGCAUGAGCAAACGACUCACUUACUGUUACAGCAUUUUCCAAGGUUUAUCAACGAAAAGGGAGAACAUGGUAGAACACCUGUCCAUUUUGCCUGCAUGUAUGACCAUUUCCAAUGUUUAAGCUUGCUCAUCGGAGUCGGUGCUAAUUUGACAAUAAAGGAUGAGGAUGGUGAAACCCCGUUGCACAUAUGUUUAGAAUACAGUAGUAUUCAUUGUAUGAAGAUUUUACUAAGUGAAGGUCAGCUCGAUAGUGCUAACAUAAAGGACGGUAAUAACUUCAAACCAAUUGAUGUAAUAGAAUCCUUUGAAAUGGGGAAGAUAUAUUCUAAGACGUUAAAAGAAGAAAAGGAAACUGACCCUUCAAAGAAAAAUACGCUGCAGUCCUUCAAGACGCCAAUAAUUCCAGCAUCCAGGACCUUUGAUGAUGGGCCUUCGCCUGUUCUUUCUAUGCACUCACCGUAUUCUUCAUAUUCAAAUACAUCUGGUCUACCUCCAUUGCCAAAGAUAUCUACUAGUAGAAGAACUUCAAUGGCAGAAGCUUUCUUUUCUCCUAAUGAAGUUUCGAGAAAAUCAUCCCACUCAAACUUGAGCUCCAAUUCAAAUCGUAAUAAAAAUAACUCGUCUGAUGGAUCCACUCCCAUAAGAGAACAUUUUAAUUCAAAUUUGAAUGAUGGACAGUCACAACAAAUGAAAUCAGCGGUUCCUAUACGAGAUCAGUUUACCAACAAUAGCGCGUUAAUCAACAAGUUUUUGUUAUCUAGCCCAACAAAUGAUACUCAGUUGCCUAUGACAACAGCGACGACUAAUGUUAUAAAUUCGACUGUCGACAAGCCAUCUAUUCCAUCUCCCCAGCAUCGAUUGAGCGGUGGACAUUCCAGAAGACGUCUUUCUUUGUUAAGUAUACCGAUAUCAAAGUUAAGAAAUAAUGGAAGUACUAGCUCUGAUAACAGUAGUAGCAAUCCUGCCUUAUAG